AUGGAGCAAGGAGGUGGUGGUGGUAGUGGUAAUGAAGUGGUGGAGGAAGCUUCACCGAUCAGCUCAAGACCUCCGGCAAAUAUGGAAGAGCUUAUGAGAUUCUCAGCAACGGCGGAUGAGGGUGGAGGUCUGGGAGGAGGAAGCUCGGGAAAUAGAUGGCCAAGAGAGAAAACACUCGCACUUCUUAGGAUCCGAUCUGAAAUGGACUCUACUUUCCGUGACGCCACUCUCAAAGCUCCUCUUUGGGAACAUGUUUCCAGGAAGCUGUUGGAGCUGGGUUACAAACGCAGUGCAAAGAAAUGCAAAGAGAAGUUCGAAAACGUUCAGAAAUAUCACAAGCGCACUAAAGAAACGCGCGGUGGUCGCCAUGAAGGUAAAACAUACAAGUUCUUCUCUCAGCUCGAAGCUCUCAACAUUACUCCUCCCUCUUCUCUCGACGUCGCUCCUCUCUCCGUCGCCAAUACCGUUCAGCAGCCUUCUUCUUCUUCGCAAUUCCCCGUUUUCUCUCUAGCGCAAAUGCCACCUCCCCAAACGCUUCCACCGAAUACAGUCUCCUUUACUCCCAAUCCAUUGCCUCCUCCUCCUUCAGUUGGUCCUACAUUUCCCGGAGUUACCUUCUCUUCUCACAGCUCAUCGACGGCUUCAGGAAUGGGGUCUGAUGAUGAAGAUAAUACGGACGUAGAUCAGGCGGGUCCCAGUAGCCACAAACGCAAACGUGAAAACCGUGGCAGUGGAGGCGGCAAGAUGAUGGAACUAUUCGAAGGUUUUGUGAGACAAGUGAUGCAGAAACAAGCGGCGAUGCAAAGGAGCUUUCUUGAGGCGCUUGAGAAGAAAGAACAAGAACGUAUUGCUGGAGAUGAAGCUUGGAAACGCCAAGAAAUGUCUAGGUUAACUCGAGAGCGCGAGAUCAUGUCUCAAGAACGAGCGGCUUCUGCUUCUCGUGACGCUGCAAUCAUCUCACUGAUCCAGAAAAUUACUGGCCAUACCAUUCAGUUACCACCUUCUUUAUCAUCACAACCGUCUCUGUCCCCGCAUCAACCACCACCUGCCGCUAAAUAUCCUUCAUCACAAGCUGUAGAACCACCUCAUUUACAACCAAUAAUGGCGAUUCCGCAACAACAAGUUCUUCCUACUCCACCUCCACCUCCUCCCAUCAACCACAACAACAAGAGAUGA